AUGUUUUUCGUAAUAAAAAAAUUACUGAAAAUAAUAAAAAUAAAAAGCAAAUUAAAAUUUAUAUCAAAAAUAAUAAUUACAAUAAUGACUAAAUUUACUAAUACAUUAUCAUCAACGGAAAAUAUUACAAGUGAAGAAACUUAUCCUCUAUUAAUUACUGAAAAAAUAUCAAUUUCUACGAAAUUAUCAUAUUCUUUGGGACAUAUAUUUAAUGAUCUUACAGCAGCUAUGUGGUUUUCAUAUACUUUGAUAUAUUUACAAAGAAUAGCUAAACUCGAACCAUUGUCGGCUGGUGCUUUACUAUUAUUGGGUCAACUGAUAGAUGCUUUAAUGACACCAAUUUUUGGAAUACUUGUGGAUAAAUAUCACAGAAAAAAAACAUGGCAUAUUAUUGGAUCAGUUCUUGUGACGUUGUCAUUUCCAAUUAUUUUUGGAAGUUUUUUUGAUAGCGUUAAAAAUAAUUACAUUUCAAUGAUUAUUUAUAUUAUAAGUAUAAUUGUAUUUCAAACCGGAUGGGCUGCAGUUCAAAUUUCUCAUUUGUCUAUGAUACCUAUGUUGACUAAUUUACCAUUGAUACGAGCAGAAUUAACAGCUAUCCGCUAUUCAGCUCAAGUAAGUGCAGCUGUAUUAGUUUUUAUAGUCACUUGGAUAGUUCUCCCAACAAAUGAAAAUUCUAUAGUAAAAUUAAGUGAACAAGACGACAUUAAAUUUCGAAAUAUCGUUUUAAUUGUAACAACAUGUGGUGUGACUGCAACAAUUAUAUUUCAUGCAUCAUUAAAGUCUCAUUUACUAGAACACAAUAACCAUUGUAAUACUAUUGAAUCAUUAAUUACAAUUCCGUCGUUAAAAACUGAUUGUGAAAAUUCAUCAAACAAUAGUACCAAUAAAAAUUAUUUCUAUAGUAAUAGUAAUAAUAAUAAUAUAUCAAGAACGAUAACAACAGAUAGUAGUAUUGGUGUUAGAAUUUUAUUAAGAGUUGCUUUGCUGUAUGUUGCUAGUCGAUUAUUUAUUACUUUAGCGACAGUUUAUUUACCACUUUAUAUUGAAGAAACUGAUGUUGGUGGUAAACAAGCAUUAGCAACUGUACCUUUAGUAUCAUACAUUGCAUCAUUUAUAUCAUCAUUAACACUUAAGUAUAUUAAUCAAUCAUGUGGUACCAAGAUUUGUUAUUUACUGGGCACCCUUAUUGGAAUAUUAGGAGCAAUUAUUACAGAAUUUGUAGGAAAUCAUGAAAUAGUAAUAUAUUCAAUAGCUAUUUUAAUUGGAGCUGCAAGUUCAAUAACUAUGGUUACUGCAUUAAGUAUUACGGCAGACUUUAUAGGAAUGAAAACGGAAAAUAGUGCACUGAUCUAUUCUAUUGUUACUUUUUUAGAUAAAAUUAUUACAGGAUUAGUUGUGGUUUUUAUUGAAAAAUGGCGAUGCAUAGAUCAAGAAUUGUGCCCAAAUUAUAAUCGAGAUACACUUGCAGUUGUUUGUUGUGGAUCAAUGGGGCUAGGACUAAUUGCACUUAUAUCAUUAUUCCGAUAGUAAUGAGUACAUUAUUCCACGUAUAU